AUGAACGGCCGCAUCGACUUUCAACAAACAAGCGAGCGCAGCAACCCUGUCCAGAGUCCCGAGAUUCUCAGGGUCCAGAAGAAGAAGCUGGAGUCCUGCACACUUACCUCGGAUGUGCAGUACAUGGAACCUAGCAAGCAGGCGGGAAGCUUGAAGUUGUCGCAUCUGGCCUGGGCGGGCAAGCAGUCGUGCAUUGAGCACUCGUCGUCAUUGCCAAACCGGUGGCAUAGCUCCCUCCACAGCAAGACAACCUUGGAAGCAACCAAGACAGGACGGUUUGCUGGCUGGCCUGAUACCGUUUGGAACUUUGGUUGGUCGUUUGCUAGCUUACCACUGGGUUUGACCGUCAUCGCUUCGUCUGCUGUACUGCACGUACCAUGCACCAAGGUCUAUUACGGCAGCUUCAGACUCCAGUUGCACCCCAGCUUUCAGUUGCAUCGGACCCAGAUAGGACCCUUCACCAUAAACCCUGCUUUGACUUACGCCCGCAGCAUAAUUUUUGACGGUGUUGUGGUGCCUCAGCUUGGCAGCCCACUCUCGACAAACCUCGUCGUGGUGACCUCGUCCUGCAGAAGUUUAAGCUCACCGUCGGACGGCCAUCCGGACCACGCGACAAGUGCCGGACUGGUCACGAGCAGCACACAGAACUGCCUGUCGACCCCAAAUCUCGACGCCCUUGUUUCGCUAGCCCGCCGCCCCAACUCCCAUCUGCCAUCAUCCUCCACGAGCCGACUGCAGAUCGCCCGACAGCCGGCGGGCCUGGUGCCUCUCAGAGGCAACCACAUCGACACUCACCAUCUCGACAAGCAGCGCGUUAUGUCCUGCGGGCCCCAGAUCAUGAUGCCGGGCACAUUCCACUUCGAAGCUCCCAACGGGGCAGCACCCCUCGGCGGCGUGCACGCGGGCGUCUUCCGUCCGCCCAUCUCUCCCUCUGCAUCCAACUCGAUCUACUUGGCGCAGUCCACGGGCAGCCUGCAUUCGGAUCCUGCAACCCCUGCCUUCAAGGUCAAGAGGAAGAGACCCGAAGCCCGGCAGUCAACGACAUUAAAUCAUCACCCAUGCAUGGGUGCAGACGGCACAUCGUAUGAGAGACCACAAGGCGCGAGGAGGGCCAGCAGCGGUCAGGGCAUGAGGUACACGCUUGGUGGACACAUUGAAACACCGAACGGCGCCGCGCAGAGACAGCUGGGUCAUAUGGACAAUAGCAUCUACUCCGACGUUGACUACAGGCGUGCACUGGGCUCGAAGCGAUCGCAUGAAGAUCUAUGCUCGCCCUCAUCCCGGGACACGGCCGAUCCGGUUGCGGCUGUCGGAUGGAGCAGGCUCGCGUUCAACACCAUCGGCGGUGUUGUCGGCAAAGUAUGGGAGUUCUGCAAAGAGGGCGCAUUCAGAGGCUUCUACGCCGGAGGUGGAAAGGGAUAUGAGAUGCAACCGGCAGCUUCGGAAGGCCGACCCUGGUGCAACGAGCACGAUCUUCCGACGCUCCCUGAGAUACCGGGCGGCUUUCCCGACUCCGACUACGCACCGUUUUGCUACGAGCGCGAGACGCCCGAGUCGACGCCGCCUCCUGCACCGAAGCGCCGCCAGAUAUUAGAUGGCACGCCGAAUGAUGAGCUGCGCAAGAACUGGGUCAUGGUGGGCGACCCAGCUGAUAAGAAGUCGCACCCUCUUGACCCGUCCCUCGCCACGAAAACGCCGCCUGCUCGGCCGUCUCUGAACAGACGCAUCAGUAAGCCGGUCAGCCGCCUCAACAACCCAAGUCUAGGCGGACGGCAGGCCGAUCGAGUCAGCCAUGCCGGCAACGCGACUCUCAGCAAUCGACAGCCAGCUAGCUAUGCGUCACCGCGGUCCCCAGCCAGCAUCGACCGCCCUUCCACUCCAAGUAGACUACCUGUACCUGCACGCCAGGAUUCUCCCCACACGUUUUCCCCUCGAUCCUCUCAGCAGCAGUCGCGCAUCCCAAGUCCCAGCCCCUACUCGCCACGAGGCCACCGCCGGAACCAUAGCACCGCGUCCGCCGCUUCGGCGACAUCGGUUGGUCGGCUAAAGAAGCGUGAGAGUACGGCCCACGAGCUGAUCCAGGAGAGUAGCCCUCGGCUGGACGCAGAGGCCAAAAGGAUGGCGAUGAGGAGGCUCAAGCGAGAACAAGAAACAGACGCGAGAAUCAGUGACUUCAACUCGAAGCUAAUGGACAUGAUCCGUCAAGGAAAGGAAGCCCUGGGUACAACUGUCGAGGUAGAUGGAGAUAUUGACUUUGCUGGUGGUGGGCCAGACCUCUGGGAAAGCGAUUGA